CUUGAAAAAUGCAAGAUGCAUCUAUAAAUUAAUUUUUAAUUUGUUUAAUACUUUUGCUGCUGAAUUGAGAGAAGUUUUAUUUCAUCAGGUAUCAAAAUAACCAUCGUGAACAAUUUGUGCUUCAGUGAAUGUGCCUUUUUUAAGAUAUUAUAAAGUUUCGCGCUUACUUUCAUUUUCGUGUCGUUACGAAAUACUUUUAUCAAAAUGACUUCAGCGCUGUAUUUAGAGCAUUAUCUAGACAGUCUCCAGCAUCUGCCGAUCGAGUUGCAAAGGAACUUCAAGUUAAUGCGAGAUUUGGAUGAUCGAGCUCACGGACUAAUGAGGACAAUCGAUCUCAUGGCCGAUGAGUUGUUGCCGAAUAUCCCUAAAAUGGACGAGGAAACGAAGAAGGAGAAGGUGAACACUAUUCAAGGGCUGUUUAAUAAAGCCAAGGAAUACGGUGAUGACAAAGUGCAACUGGCAAUUCAAACAUAUGAGCUGGUAGACAAGCACAUACGGCGCCUGGAUUCAGACCUCGCGCGUUUCGAGUCCGAGAUCCAAGAGAAAGUGAUGACCGCUCGUGCAGCCCAGCAGGCCGCCGCCGACCAGGAGCCGAAUACCACAACGGUGAAGAAAGGUAGGAAGAAGCAUAAGGGCAAUGAAAAGACUGCGACCACUGGCAAAAAGAAACGCGCUGGUGCGUCCAGUGAAGACGAUGCAGCCGCGUCGGGUAGGCCCGCAGCCAAGAAGAAGACUCCCCGUAAGGGUGCUGCAGCCAUAGCUAACGCUGUCAAAGAACAAGAUGAGAAUGCAGAUUUAGACUCAGUUGCGGGCAUGGCUCAUCCUAGUGAUGUGUUGGAUAUGCCUGUAGACCCCAACGAGCCCACAUAUUGCCUUUGCCACCAAGUAUCUUAUGGUGAAAUGAUUGGUUGUGACAACCCAGAUUGUCCCAUAGAGUGGUUCCACUUUGCUUGUGUAGAUCUCAAGAUCAAACCCAAAGGUAAAUGGUAUUGCCCUAAGUGCACUCAAGAUAGAAAGAAGAAAUGAUCCACAGUGAAACCGCCUGCUAAGCCAGCAGAUAAGACUUUGACUGUGAAGAAAGAAGUGAAAUGAAUUCCUAAAUUAUAUUUAUAAACAAUAAAUACCAAAAUUAAGUACGGAUUACUGUGUUGAUAUGUCAUCACAAUUGAUAGAGUACAUUUGUACAUUCUACAUUGACUCAUUUGUAUUUUUCCUACAUAAAAUUUAAGCAAACUGUCAUGGAGAGAUUCUUCAUGCUGAUGGAGACAUUACAUUUGAAUUACCUUGUUUUAAAUGUAGCAUGUGUACAUUAAGUUGACAAAUGUGAUGAUAUUGAUAUUAAAAUAAUAAUUUAUGUAUACUUUGUAUCCCAAAUUAUGUGCCUCAGUACUUUACGUAGUGUUGGUACCUAUUGUUUGCAACGUUUGGUACCGUUUUGUUGUAAAGAUGUAGUGCCAGUUCCAACUAAGAAAUGUCUUCAUUCAUUGUUACAUAUAGUUACAGAAUAGUUCAAUAUUUAAGCUAGAUAUAGCCAGGAAGUCAGAAUGACUGUUUGUUGGCAAAGCAUCUGAAGGAUCAUAAAUCAAACUUAUUUAACAUCUUGUUGUGGCUUAAUAUGAAAUAUAAAUACUACAUUUAUAUGCUUUGUCAGAUAAAGUUAAGACUAGCAUAUUUAUAUUGUUUAAUAUAUUUUAUAGUUAAUAAUUAAAACUCCAGAUUUUUACUUCCUAUAGAAAUUAAGAGGUUAAAGUCUAGAUAUAAUAAUAUACAGU